AUACUACCAGCUGAAGUUGAGAAUGAACCCGAGCAGAGUAGAGAGAGAGAGGAGACCCGUUAGUUAGUUAGUUAGUUAGUCUGUUAGUCUGCAGAGGACAAACUGUGUCCGUCCAUGUCUUGUCCACUAAUAUCAGCCAGCUGACUAACUUACUGACAGCAAUGUCGAGAGAAAACACCACUCGGAGUCUGGACAGCAUCGACCUGGCUGCUCUCAGAGAUCCAGCAGGUAUCUUUGAGUUGGUGGAGGUGGUUGGCAAUGGAACCUACGGUCAGGUGUACAAGGGUCGUCAUGUCAAGACGGGCCAGUUGGCAGCUAUCAAAGUCAUGGAAGUCACAGAGGAAGAAGAAGAGGAGAUCAAACUGGAGAUCAACAUGUUGAAGAGUUAUUCCCACCAUAGAAACAUCGCUACUUAUUAUGGAGCUUUUAUUAAGAAAGGUCCUGCUGGACAGGACCACCAACUCUGGUUGGUGAUGGAGUACUGUGGAGCCGGCUCUGUCACAGACUUAGUGAAGAAGACUAAGGGGAACUGUCUGAAGGAGGACUGGAUAGCUUACAUCUGCCGAGAGGUGCUCAGGGGUCUUUCCCAUCUUCACGCCCAUCAUGUGAUUCACAGAGACAUUAAGGGACAAAAUGUUUUGCUCACAGAGAACGCCGAAGUCAAGCUGGUUGACUUUGGGGUGUCGGCACAGCUGGAUAAGACGAUCGGUCGAAGGAACACCUUCAUCGGUACGCCCUAUUGGAUGGCUCCGGAGGUCAUCGCCUGUGACGAGAACCCCGAGGCCACUUAUGACUACAGGAGUGACCUCUGGUCUUUAGGCAUCACUGCUUUAGAGAUGGCUGAAGGAGCCCCUCCUCUGUGUGACAUGCAUCCAAUGAGAGCGCUGUUUUUGAUCCCCCGAAACGCUCCACCCAAACUUAAAUCAAAGAAAUGGUCGAAGCGGUUCUUGUCGUUUGCCGAUAGCUGUCUGGUCAAAAACCACCUACAUCGACCCACCACUGACGCCCUGCUGAGACACGCGUUCAUCAGAGAUCUGGCUAAUGAGAGACAAGUUCGCAUUAUGCUCAAAGAUCACCUGGAUAGAACCAGGAAGAAAAGAGAGAAAGAGGGUCCAGAGUAUGAGUACAGUGGCAGCGAAGAAGAGGACGACGAGGUGACGGAGGAGGAAGGAGAACCCAGCUCCAUAGUGAACGUUCCCGGUGAAUGGACGCUGAGACGGGAGUUUCUUCGCUUACAGACGGAGGAUCGUGACGGGGGCAGAGAGGGAGGCCACGGGGGAGGUGGGGGUCAACAAAGACAACAGGCGUUGCAGCAGCACCGGCAGCAGCUGGCGGAGCAGGAACGAUACAAGCAGCAGCUACUGGCCGACAGACAGAAGAGGAUCCAACAGCAACAUGAGCAGAGGCAAAAGUUAGAGGACCAGCAGAGGCGGCAGCUGGCGGACUGCGCCUUUCAGUGGACGGAGCUUCAAGAGAUCCUGCUUGGGGACGAGUCUGAUCUCCAUGACAACAGAAUCUUAUUGGAUGAGAGACACAGGAGGAGUGACAAGAGACAGGAUCAGGCAGGCAGGCAGCGGAGUACCGAUGUGUCAGUAAGGCCUCUGGACUCCGCCGCAGAGCAGAGAGCCGUGGCUCCAAACCAGCUGCUUCAGCAUAAGGCCCAGCUCUCCCAGCCUCAGCUCCAGCCGCAAGCCAAGCCCCAGCCUCUGGCUCAGCAUCAGCAGCCCUCAGCGGGCAGGAGAUCCCACCGCACCCUGCCCAAGGACCAAACCCAGCUCCUGUCGCUGCAGCACGACCACAGACACAGGGAGAGAGAGAGGCAGCGGCAGAGAGAAAAGUCUGUGGCAGCUGUCCAGAAGCUAACGGCUAAUAGCGGGAGCACAGCUGCUGCUUCUGCUGCUGCUGCUGCUGCUGCUGCUUCCUCGCCCAGCCGCCCUGCAAACAGCCAGCGCUCAGCGAUGGACUUCCAAGAAUCAAACCUGGCCAGGCUGCUUUUGGCUGCUGGUCUGCCCAGCCAGGUGCACUCCAGGCUGGGCUCUGGGAGCAGCUCUAGUCCUUGUACUCCAGCCAUGCAGAGAGCUCACCUCAGCCAGAAUGCCAAUCUGCGCUCUAGUCGAGACGCCCCUCACAGCAGCUCCAUGUCAGAUAUGGCCAUCUCCCCUUUGUCCCCAUUUUCCCCCCUGUCCCCAACUGAUGAUGUCUUCUGGGACUCAGGGACGCCACCUAAGGUCCCAGAACGCACUACCUCGAAGUUCUACUGUCGAGAGCUGGUGAUGGGGCAUAAUAGGGCGGCUUCAAGUGGCGGUCCGGUGUCUGUAGCAGAUAAGAGUGGACGGUCUGCGUCUCACGGAGUCUCCUCUAGCAGCAGCAACCACCCAGGCUACUACAAACUGGAGAGUCCUCUUCUACAGCACCGUCUACAGCAGCACAGGAGGACACAAGAACAUGUAACCAGUGGACAUACACAAGGUGUAAGAUCUGCUCUGGGUCGACUUAACAAGGCCACAGAAUACUCCUCAUCUAGCGACGAGGUCGGCAGCAGUGAUGACGAAGAGAGGAACAGGUCUGGCCUGUCCAAUGGGAAGGGGAGAUACUUCAGAGGAAUACCUGAUGGCAUCGUGCUGCAACCUCAGCACAAUCUCAACCAGAUUUCUCGGACAGGUUCAGACGAUACCUACCUGCUACCAGACCUUCUGCAGAAAACCUCCUCCUCCAGUCCUACCCACAAUGCACUGGGCCAGCAACAGCGAACAUGUGAACUCAACUACUCGCAGUCGCCCACAGCCCCUCGAUCCCCCACACACCAGGAACUACAUGCCGUCAGCAGUCCUACUGGUAAAAACACCUCCUCGUCUUCCUCUUCCUCCUUCCUGUCAUUCAUCGAUCCACGACUGAUCCCCAUGUCAUCGCCUCCACUGAGCCCUGUGUACGGUAAGGGUGAGCCAAUCAAGAGAGAGAACCACAGGAAGGGCUCUGUGGUGAAUGUGAACCCAACCAACAUUCGACCGCAGAGCGACACGCCAGAGAUCCGCAAGUACAAGAAGAAGUUCAACACGGAGGUUCUCUGUGCUGGACUCUGGGGUGUGAAUCUGUUGGUGGGGACAGAGAACGGUCUGUGGCUGCUGGAUCGGAGCGGUCAGGGGAAAGUCUACUCGCUGAUCAGCAGACGAAGGUUUCAGCAGAUGGACGUGUUGGAAGGACUCAACGUGCUCAUCACUAUAUCAGGUAAAAAGAACAAGCUCCGUCUGUACUACCUGUCCUGGUUAAGGAAUAAGAUCCUCCACAACGACCCAGAGGUGGAGAAGAGACAGGGUUGGACCUCAGUAGGUGACUUGGAAGGUUGUCAACACUAUAAAGUGGUGCGUUACGAGAAGAUAAAGUUCUUAGUGAUUGCUUUGAAGAAUGCUGUGGAGGUGUACGCCUGGGCCCCCAAACCCUACCACAAAUUCAUGGCCUUCAAGUCAUUCAGAUCCCUGCCUCAAAAACCCCUGUCUGUUGACCUGACAGUGGAGGAAGGCCAGAGGUUAAAGGUCAUCUACGGCUCCUUGUCUGGUUUCCACGCCAUUGAUGUGGACUCUGGAACACCUUAUGACCUCUACCUGCCUACACACAUCCAGGGCUCCAUCCGUCCCCACGCCAUCAUCAUUUUGCCAAACAGUGCUGGAACAGAGGUUCUGGUUUGCUAUGAAGACGAGGGCGUUUAUAUUGACACCUACGGCCGCAUCACCAAGGAUACAGUGCUGCAGUGGGGGGAGAUGCCUGCAUCGGUCGCCUACCUUCAGUCCAACCAAGUGAUGGGUUGGGGAGAAAAGGCCAUAGAGCUGAGGUCGGCCAACACGGGGAACCUGGAGGGAGUUUUCAUGCACAAAAAAGCCCAGAAACUCAAGUUCCUGUGUGAAAGGAAUGACAAGGUCUUCUUUGCGUCAGUGCAGUCAGGAGGCAGCAGUCAGAUUUACUUCAUGACUCUCGGACAGAACUCACAGUUCAGCUGGUAACGACUGGACCUGUAACUCUGGGAUCAACUAGUGGCGUCUGCCUUCGUUAUUCUGGGUUUGCCAUGGUGAUGCCUUUUUAUAUUUCCAUGGAUAGCGGACGUCAUAGAAAGAUGAACUAAUCAUUCCUGGAUCCAUCACUCUGUUUUGUCUAGUUUCCACCUAAAUAUGUGAGUGUAUCCACAGCUGAGGUUGAUCUGGCAACCCCGGCUGAAAGCAAAAAACUGCUUGAAUCCAUCAUUCUAUCCUGAAUCAGCUGCAGAGACACAAAUAUCUGAACCUGAGUUUCUGCACCUUUAGUACACUGCCACCUCACCCAUCCACGGAAGUGUUGAAAGGUACAACUAUCAGUGUCAGCGUCACAGAGCAAUGUUGUCAUGUCUGAACUCCACAGUUACCUGGAGUCUUUCCCAGAAGGAUUCAGGCUGCAAACCGUCACCGCACCAGUGAGGCACAAAUCAAGACUCCUUUUGUGUCCAGUUUUAUUCAAAUCUACCUGGAAGCAGAACUGAUGGCUCCAUUCAGCUGACUGUGUGGCGACUUCUAAUGAACAACAGAUCAUCAGUGAUGAUCCGUUCCCUCCUCUCAUCCGUCAGCACCGGAUUCCACAUUCAGCUCACAUCACUCCUGGAUCAGCUUUUUUCUUUUUCUUUCCCUAAAGAACUCCGUCGUAUCAGUUACUCAGCUAACUCUGUGUAUAUCACUUAUUCACUCAUAUUUGCUUUAACAAUGCCUGGCCGUGGUGUAUUACUGGAUCAACUGAUGAAGUCAAGUCCUGGAUAACUGUUCUCUUAGUACAGACCAGAGGGGAGGAAUGUGUCCUUCUCUGGUGUUCAGCUAUUGUCUGGUUCAUGUCUUCAUGCUAAGCAACAAAAACAGAAGUCCUUCAUUCCCUCCAGUGAACAUCAUCUGUGCAUUUCCAAAACUGUGUUGAGACCUAAAUGUGGACUAAGAAGGACAACUACUCUAUGGCUGCGGUCGAAAAGUCUAUUUUGCUUAGGAAGGUUCCUAACGGAGUGAAAUGAUCCGGAAGUAUCUCAGUAGCAGCCGUGAUGAGAGCUGUUCCAAUCCUCUAAAUGCUGAGAAAAGGAGCUUCAUUGUCUCCUUCCUUAUCUCCUUUAACAGAGGAUACACUGGAGCAUCCUUUACAGAAGGAAAGAAGAGAUUGCCGCCCAACAAUUCCUUGCGGCCGCAACAUUUAAAUUGACGCACCGUUCUGCCGUUCAUGAAAACAAACGAUAUGCUGAUCUUGCAUAGAUUUAACAAUCAUUUUCAUACAGUCAUAUAGUAAUUGGGAUUCAUGUUGAUAAAUAUGAGAGGACAGCGAAAACCAUUUAAUUUCUCUUUAUUCUAUUUAUUUAUUUUGAACAAGAAACAAAUAAGUAAAAAACAAAACAAGACUAACAAAUCAAAUGAACAGUAAACAUAUAGCAAACAAGCAAUCAACAUAAAUCAUUAUGACGUCCAAAAAGGAGAAGGAAGAAGUAUACAUUUAAUGGUUCUACAGCUUCUCCACAACUCAAACAUUAGUUCAAAAUGUGUCAUAUAAAGCUUUGUGACUGGUAGCCUAUAUUCUUUUUUUUUUUAUUUCAAUUCCAACCUUGGUAAUAUAAUCCUUUAUUAUAUGUUGAUGUAAAGUGUUCCAGCAGCAGAAAUCCAUCUUCAGAACAUUGUAGUCUCACCACGGCAGACCCGCGUCACUAACACCCGCCGCCGUCGCAUCAUAAUGACGGAGCCUAGUGAAAGAGCAGUCGGAUUCUCUGAACACCACCGUAGUCUUUUCCUGAGUCCUUCUGAAUCCUCCUUCUCAUCUUUCCUCGACCUCAUGACGUUUUCCAUCGAGGUCAAGGAGAAGUGGUUAGGAAAAGACAUUAGGACGUAAUAUUUUGACUUUUCGAUCACAGCCUAUGUCAUUCCACAUUUUACUUGCCUUCUUCCUAUUGAUUUCUUUAAUCAAUUUCCAGAACCACCUGUGUCUCUGAUACCUCAGCAGUGUUUUCUUCUUCACUGCUAUAAGCAGACAUGAAGGACCCAAACAAAUGAGUCCCUUACUGUACUGAAUCCUCAUUCUGUUCAUUACCAUAUUGUAUUAUUAGACAGUAUUAUAUUAUGCACUAUCAAAUGUUCUAUUAUUGAAAGAAGAGUUUGUAUUUUUCUUGUCUGAGGUGACAGGAAGUCAGUAUAGCACCCCCCCGCAUAGAUCCAAUCAGUACAGCUGUAAAUAUACUGAUCCUUAUAAUAAGGCAAACUGUCACAAUUGAAUUCCUGUCAUUGUUCAGUAACUCUGGACUCUUCAUAAGUCAUCCCUUAUGAUCAAAUGGAAGUCCACUUUGCUCUCUGCCUUGCCUGAAACCAGUUGUCAUGGGGAUACUUGCUGCACUGCACACUUUGCAUUAAAAUGAGUUGAGUAGGUUUUUAUUUAACAACGUCUUAAUACAGUACCUCACCAGUCCUCUUAGAUCCUGCUCUGAGCAUUCCGUCCACCACAGAUCUGGACCAUGACUUUAGUAUUGUCGUAUUAUUCCAUAAUAAGGACCUCGUACUUUAACACAAGAAAUAGCUGCACACGCAGUAACACGCUUAGAACCAUUCUCUGCAUCGAUGUUGUACAGCUUAGGAUGUAUAUAUUCUUGUAAGAUGCACUGUUUUCUAAAUAUUUUAUAAUUGAUAAAGCCAUCUUUAUGUAUGUGUACAGAAUUAUGAUCAGGCUUAUGAAUGUGAAAAUUCCAUCCCAGAACAGAGUUCGUACAUGUUAUUUUUCAUGAUCUUUGAAAGCAAAACGUGAACACGAGCUACUGACGGUGAACUUGAAGGCUCCUGGUCGAAGUGUUCGAGAUCAAAUAACAUAUCGUACAAAUUCUGUCAGGCUCUUUGCACAAUGGCCACCUCGUACAUGUUUUCUGUAUUAUAGCAUCCUUUUGAAAAGCCAUUCUGUAGUCAGUAUUGAAGAUAGAACUGAUAGCCUCUGGCUUUUGGAUCAGUAUUUCUCACACUACCAACGUGGGACGCACACCUGUUUUUUGCUGGGUCGCUUUGAGAUUAUUCGUUGAGCCUAGAUGUGAUGAGAUGCAAUGAGCUGGGCCUGUUGUACAGUAUUUGCUCUGUUUUUCUUGAUAUUUCUGUCAUUUACACACCAAAGAUAAAGGCUUUGAUAUAUUG